UGAAACGUUAUCCUUCGAGAGCCAUACGAAGAAGAGAGAAACAGAUAGGUGAAGAAGAAGAAGAAGAAGAAAAUGGCACUCUCACUCUCCUCUUGUUUAACAGUUCCUAAUCGUUCUUCUUCUUCUUGUGUUCGGAAUUGCAAGGUGAAGAGUAAGGUGGUGUGUUGUUCGGCGCGUGGCGGGAACGAUAGGAAUCGAAUUUGGGGGAUUGGGGUUGGGGUUGUGGCGGCUUGUGUGGUGGGUUUAACGGCGUUGGAGGCGGAUGCGACGAGGAUAGAGUACUACGCCACCGUGGGAGAGCCGUUGUGUGAGCUUAAUUACGUGAAGUCUGGCCUCGGUUACUGCGAUAUUGUUGAGGGUUUCGGUGAUGAAGCUCCUCGCGCGGAGCUUAUCAAUGUUCACUACACUGCAAGAUUUGGCGAUGGGACAGUGUUUGAUAGCACCUAUAAACGUGGAAGACCUCUCACCAUGCGCAUUGGUGUUGGCAAGGUAAUCAGGGGACUGGAUCAGGGGAUUUUUGGGGGAGAUGGAGUAACUCCAAUGCGAAUAGGUGGGAAACGCAAACUGAAGAUUCCUCCAAUGUUAGCAUAUGGCCCUGAACCUGCAGGCUGCUUCUCAGGUGAUUGUAAUAUACCGGGCAAUGCCACUCUUCUGUAUGAUAUUAAUUUUGUUGGAAUUUAUAACGGCAAUGCAAAGUGAAGGAAGCCGAAAUUGAUCUGAUGUAUAUAUGCGUAUGAACCACACUGGAUCAAUGAAUGUGGAUCAACUUGUUUGGCAGAAUCUCCUCCCUGAGUCCAGCUAUCUCAAGUUACUGUUCCUGGUUAGUACAGUUGGACAUGAUUGACCUGAAUACCUUUUGAGAGCAAAAGGAACUAUUUCUGGUGUAGUGAUAUAGACUAGACAAAUCAGGUGUAUCUCUCUGCACACGGCAUGCAAUGUAAUUUUUGUAUCUUUAGUGUAAAAGUAAUUUUCAAUUAUGCUCUCUAAUGAUGAAUCCAAUAAUUCUUAGUAUGAUAAAUGUCAUUGUCAUCCCUAUUGCUUUA